CGUUUUUUUUUUUUGUUGACUUCCAGUUCUCCUUUGAGAAAGUAUUGAUAUAAGACGAGACAAAGUAAACAGUUGAGCGGUACAUAUUAUUUAGGUUCAUGGAGAUAACGAAGACCCCUGGGUCGGGCUUCAGUAAGUAAAGGUUUGAACUCGUACUAAUCAGAAAGGAACCUAAGCAAAUAAGUGGGUUGAGAAUGCCUAACGACAGGGAUGCCAGUGAGAGCACCCCUCUUUUGGACUCCUCUGGGAACAGACCCUCAGCACCGUCAGUUUUCCAGGGAAGACGACUAGCAUGUGCAGCCAUCCUGCUGGCUGAGUCUUUAGAAAGGAUUGCCUUCUAUGGCAUCACAUCCAAUCUGGUCCUUUUUCUCAAUAGUAGUCCUUUUUAUUGGGAGGGCACUCAGGCGAGUCAGGCACCUCUGGUGUUCAUGGGAGUUACUUACCUGAUUUCACCGUUUGGAGGCUGGUUGGCGGACGCAUACCUUGGGAAAUUCUGGACCAUUGCUUCAAGUUUGAUCCUAUAUUUUACUGGCUUGCUGUUUUUCCCUUUUAUUUCAAAUGAAGACACCAGGAUACACCUGUGUGGAGAAGAGGUGGCCUUUCCUGUGCAACCCGCUGAGUGUCUGAGCACUAACAGUACCCCUCCAAGCAAUGUAACCUGCCCCAUUCGUGCCCCAUAUUGUGGCCCAGUAGUCUACAGUGCACUUUUUUUAGUUGCAUUAGGUGUGGGUUCUGUGAAGUCCAACAUCACCCCAUUUGGGGCAGAUCAGGUCAAAGACAGAGGACCAGAGGCCACGCGCAGAUUUUUCAACUGGUUUUACUGGUGCAUUAACUUAGGAGCCAUCCUGUCUCUGGGAGGUGUGGCCUACAUCCAGCAAAAUUACAGCUUUGAGCUUGGCUACAUCAUUCCAGCAGUGUGCCUCGGGGUCUCUUUCCUGGUCUUUCUCCUGGGCCGAACUGUCUUCAUCACCAAACCUGCGGAUGGAAGUGCCUUCACAGAUAUGUUCAAGAUCCUGAGCUUUGCCUGCUGGUCCCAAAAACCCAAGGAACCUCAACUGCUGCGCAACAAACCAACACUACUAGACAGUGCCAAAGUGACCUAUGGAGGAAAAUUUCCUGAAGAGAAGGUGGAGGAAGUGAAAGCCCUGGUGAAAAUCCUCCCGGUUUUCUUUGCCCUUAUCCCAUAUUGGACUGUGUAUUUCCAGAUGCAGACAACGUACGUCCUGCAGAGCCUCCAUCUGAGGAUUCCCGAUACUGCUUCGAACAGCACUGCUGAAUCCCACCAGAUGACGUUCCGCUUCCCGGCUGCCUGGCUGACCAUGUUUGAUGCAGUGCUCAUCCUUAUGCUGAUUCCCCUUAAGGACAAAGUGGUGGACCCGAUCUUGAAACGUCGCGGCCUGCUGCCCUCCUCUCUGAAGAGGAUUGCAGUGGGGAUGUUCUUUGUGAUGUGGUCGGCCGUGGCAGCGGGCAUUUUGGAGACCAAACGCCUGGAGAUCAUCAAAUCAAAUGGUACCAUUGACCAGGUGCUUGGCAACGUUAUCUACUACGCAGCAGAUUUACCCAUAUGGUGGCAAGUGCCUCAAUAUGUGCUGAUAGGAAUCAGCGAAAUCUUUGCCAGCAUUGCAGGUCUGGAGUUUGCCUAUUCAGCGGCCCCCAAGUCCAUGCAGAGUGCCAUCAUGGGGCUCUUCUUCUUUUUCUCUGGGAUUGGCUCCUUCGUGGGCUACGGUUUGUUGGCUAUUGUCUCCCUCAAGGAGAUUGGCUGGAUGUCAUCCCACAGAGACUUUGGUAAUAUCAACGACUGCUCUCUGCACUACUACUUCUUCCUCCUGGCAGGGAUCCAGGGCAUUACUUUGCUGGUCUUCCUUGUUGUCUCAGUCAAGUAUGACAAGCAGAGGAGCAGAGCUGGAAGCCAAAGGCAGAGACACGCCUCCUCUUGACCUCAACAAACACACAUCCCGGUAUCCCCCCCCUCACCAUACCUGCCUUCUCCUGUCAUAUCACUCCAAUGUCGAAUGGGUACUCACUAAUCACAUCCUACAAAAGUUUGGGUUACCUCACAUGUGAUUCUGUCACAACUAUGUAUUUCUUAUUUAUGUUGGUUUUAGCUUUUAAGUGGGAAUCCUUUAUCCUUUUCUUUUUUUUUUUUUUUGGUUGGAUGGUUUUACAUCACUGGGUGAAUGCACAGGUACCACUGAAAGUAUAGAGAUUAAUGCAGGAGCCAUGUUGGAAUCCUUUCUACUGUACUCCUUUACUCCUGUGUGUUUACUUCUGUUGCCUUUCUUUGAUCCUUUGCACGUGACUUGAGGAGAGUUGCCAUAAAAAAAUAUGAUAUCUCUGUAUUUUCUGAUCAUGAAUAACGCUCAGUUGUUUUUAUAGUUAGAUUUUUACUUUGUUUUCUAACAGAAUCUUAUUUUUUGGACUAACUCUUUUAAUAACCAUUUUACCAGCUCUGGUACGAUCCAUCAGUAUUAACUCAAACCAACCAUUUGAACAGUUUCUGAAUAGUUACUUUCUCAAAUGUGAAACUGGGAUAUUCGUACAGUAAAUGUGCUUUAAUGUCAGCGUUAUUUCUUCAUUACACUUACCCCUGUUGGCUUCUGGAGACUUUUAAAUACCUGUGCUGCAGCACAGUCGUGAUCACAUCAGAUGGAAAAUUAGUUUUAAUGCACAGGGUAAUUUUAUGUUUUAGUGUUGCUGCAAAUUCUCAGAAAUGAUUGUUAAUGUUGAGAAAGGAUAUUGGCUUUUGUUUGAAGAGGUUCCAAAUGAACACAAUUAGAUUCCUGUUUGACUAAUCUGAUAUUCAAAUCUAAUAUUGAGUGGAAAAUCUCACCACAUUUGUUUCCACUGCCUGAUUACAUACUGUAAAUCCACAUAAAUCCUUCCUAGAAAUCUACAAUAAGUCCUCAAACAGCAGCAUAAUAAUAAUGAAUAAUGAUUACUCCUCAUGUUAAAAAUAAUCUGCCGCUCCCAUGAAGCUUCGUAACAGUUUUAAAUUUUCGGUCAGUCUGCAAAACUGCACUCAUUUGCAUGACAAACAACUAAUUAGAAACUAACCUUAAACUUAACAGGCAACCUUGAGUGUAGCUCUUAAAAUAUCGGUGGCAUUAAUGCUUGGAGAGUGAUUAAAAAGUAGUUCUGGACUUAAAUGCAUAAACAUUAAAAACAUAACCCGUUCACACUGACAUCGUCUCUAUAUUUAGAAUUUCAGCGCAAAGUAAAUCACAGCAACUUUCACAGUAUUUGCUGUCAGGUACAUUUUAUAGUGUUAUCAUGACUUUGCAGCUUUGCCAGAAAAUCUUGAAAAAGAAGCUUCUGUUUUGUUUGUUGUAUUUAUUAGACCGUGAUGCAUUUGUUUCAGCUUUAUACUGUUAAGAAUAAUACUAGUGUGUGUUUGUGUGUGUGUGUGUGUGUGUGUGCGUGUGUGUGUGUGUGUGUGUGUGUGUUUCUUCAAUCCGCAGAAUAAGUAGGGCGCAAGGUACUGAAUUUACUCUCAGGGCUCGAGGAAUAUUGUCAAGUGACAUAACUCCAGGAAAUUUAAAACUGCCUUUGGGAGCUCACGAGAGUGUUUAGCCUGUGGUGUAAAUAAAGUUACAUUUGUAACAGCACGAUAAAAGAAGAAGCCAUCUCACCGAUGGGAUGUGAUGCCUUUUAGAGUGAUUUUAAUUUGUGUUUAAUUGGUUGGAUAAAUGGAUGUUCCUUGUUUUAUUGCAUAUUUUAUAUAUACUUGCUUUGUCAUCUCAGUCAUCUUAAAAAGAUUACAUUUAUUUUGGAAUUACAUUCUGUUUUCAUAAUGCUGCGGAACUGGAAUAUUGUUUUGUGGUUAUAUUAAAGUAUAUUAAGUUGAGAAUUUGGCUUCAACCUUUGCGUAAAUAAAGCAUGACUUGAAAAGCUAGUUCAUACAUUACUUAACACAGUGGUUGUGAAAAACUUUCUUUCCCUUUAUUCUUGACUUUUAUUUAGCUUAUUUAUUUAUUAUUUCUUGUAAGCCAGCACUGCUUUGUAACACUCUGUGCAAUCUGAAGUUAUACAUGUAACAGAAAUAUUAGUAGCUGACUUUUAUUGUAUAACUGAUGUAAAUAUUGUAUAUUUUAAACAUCAGGAAACGAUGAUAACUCAGAGUGACAACUGGUGCGGUGGGGCGACCCUGUUUGUUACAUCUGAAUCACGGAUUGUGCCUUUAAAGCCUGCCAAGAUGCUUUCACAAUUAGGGUUAUGGUUUGUUGUUCCCGAGGCAAACUCUGAGUGCCUAAAUUAUUUAUAUUACAAAAAACACAUCCUGUGGCAGGCUGUUGCAAACACACAGGUGUAAAGCCUCAUUUUGCGGUCCCCGCUGGGGGAGGCAGCAUAUUUCUUCUGAGUUUCAUCAGACAGAGAUUGAAAUCAACACGUCAUCACAGAUCUUUUUUUUUUUUUUUUUUUUUUUUUUUAAUGUUAAGGCCUCCCAGCCACGGAGCUCGCAGAGGGCCAUUUCCUGUUUAAUUUGGUCAGAGAGCUCACAUAACCGUGACUGAGCAGACAGCUUGAUGUUUGAAACCAACACAAUGCCUCCGGGUCAUAAUUCUAGUGUGGCGGCUUGUUUCUCAUGUUGAGAGGAAUUUCUGACACAUCGAAGUGGUUAUGGAGGCAGAAUUGCAAGGCAAUAACACUGAGGUAUAUAGUUUUGGUACCGGCCUUCCAAUAUUUUAAGUUGAUUUAUUGGCCAGGAUUUAAACAAACAGCAGUACCUUGGAGAGAGCAGCUCCUGCAUGUAUUCAUACCUCCUAGUGUUUUUUUUUUUUUUUUUUUUGGAGCAUGUUCUAUGAGCCAAGGUAAAGUAUAGCCUCACCUAUUUUCAAACAAAACUCCACUUUCUUCUCAUGCAUAGUGGCAUUAAUUAGGGUUACAUAUUGCAGUGUUGGUCUGUUGGUCCAUCACUUUGGUCCAGACUGAAAUAGCUCUAAAUUUUAUAUUGAUGUUCAUUGUCUCCAGAGGCAGUGACAUAUGUCAUCAGAAGUAAAGUUUUUUUCCUCAUUCUCUGAAACAUCUCUACAUAGGUUGAAUGGAGUGAAACUGAGAGACAAAGGUUUGAACAGUACUUUGUGGUUCCCAGAGGAUGUAUCCUAACAGUUUUUCAGAUUCCAGCUUCUCUUCUAGUCCCAGCCUGAGGUCUACAGUUGUGUUCGGAGUGAAAGUCAUUUUGCCCACAGCACUGCUGUGCCUCAGUACAGCCUGGCAGAGCUGCUAGAGUGGCUGUAGACUCUUGGUCUUGUUUUUUAUUUUCCUACGCAUGAAGUGCCUGCUUCUCUUAUAGAGAACAAAGAUUCAGAAAUGUUAAAAAUAG